UUUGUCAACGGCAACCAUGUCGGACGAAGAGGAGGCGGUGGCGGAGGCAGAAGAGAUCAUUCGCAGCCAGAGGAUCUUCCUCAACCAUUUGGACAGCUAUGGCGGCAGAAACAUUGGGAAGUAUCUGGCCAAUUGUAUUGUUGGAGCCUCCUUGGAAGAAAUAGCAGAGGAAGAGGAAGAAGAUGAGGAAGGAAAAUCAGUUGUUGAAACUGGGCCUCCUAAACCAAAAGAAGGAAUAUAUCAAAUAGUGGGAACUCUUUCACAGGCAGAGAAUACAAAACCAGAUUUUGCCACGGAAGUAUAUACAACAACUUCUCGAGAUGAGUUGCUAGCUCGCAUGUUAGAAUGUGAUAUCAUUAUUUAUAACAUCACUGAAGACCCAAAAGAAAUUGAGGAGGCAACCUGGGCAGCAACAGCAUUACACGCAGAAUCAAAACACUUUGAAAAGCAGAAAUUAUUUAUUCUUCUAUCAACAAUAAUGACAUGGGCACGAAGCAAGCCUCUUGAUCCGGAAGAUCCAGAAAUACCUUUUACUGAAGAAGACUAUCGUAGAAGAAAACCCCACCUUAAUUUUAUGGAACACAUCAAUGCUGAAAAAACCAUUAUCAAACUUGGGAAAACAAACAAAAACAAAUUUGGCACAUAUGUUGUUGCUUCAGGUGUUCAGUAUGGAGCUGAAGAAAGACUUCUCCACUACUUUUUUAAGUUAUCUUGGCUUGGGGAGACUCCUAUAAUACCAUGUUUUGGAGAUGGACGAAAUGUGGUUCCAACCAUUCAUAUUACUGACUUAGCAGCAGUGUUGCAGAAUAUAGCAGAUCAUAGACCAAGGACCAAUUACUUAAUUGCAGUGGAUGAAUCAACACAAACCCUGGGUGAAAUUGUGAAGUGCAUCAGCAAAAAUGUGGGCCCAGGAAAAAUGCAGAAGAUUCCAAGAGAAAAUGCUUUCCUGAGUAAAGAUUUAACGCAAACAUACUUGGAUGAAUUGUUUGUGAAUCUACGAAUGGAAGCUGUAUUCUUGAAAGAGAACUUCAACAUAAGAUGGGUUGCUCAAGGAGGGAUAGUAGAUAAUAUCGAACAAGUUGUCAAUGAGUAUAAACUAACUCGCGGAUUAUUG